AUGUCUGAAUCAGGUGCUGGUGACGCUACUGUAGCACCCGUACUGUCUACAGUGGCGGAUGACGAUGUUUUUGUACUACAAAAGUACGAAACUUUGGAGAAAGAGAGGUUAUUCUACUUGGGCCCUCGAUGUAAAGAUGAUCUUUCCGGGAGCAUUGAUGAGUACUAUGCACUGGAUGAGAUUGCACAGCAGUUGAAACGUCAUGCAGACUGGAGGAAAAUUACCCUUCAGUUCCCAGAUUCGCUGGUGCAUGAUUCAAGCUUGGUGACUCAAUUACUACAGGAUAAAUUCCGUGAUGAUGACAGACAGUUUUGGGUGGUAGCUGAUACUGCCUAUAGUGCCUGCUGCGUUGAUGAAGUAGCAUCAGAACACGUUAGUGCAGAUGUGGUGGUUCAUUUUGGAGACGCAUGUUUGAAUGCCGUACAGACUUUGCCUGUGGUGUAUUCCUUUGGCAGACCACAACUGGAUUUAUCUCAUGUGGUUAAUCGAUUCAAAGAGCAGUACGAAAAAGAUGAUAAAGUGUGUCUCAUGGCCAAUGCUCCAUAUACAAGACACAUUAGAGCACUUUAUGACGAAUUGAAAUCAGAAUAUCCAAAUCUAAUAUAUGCGCAGAUCAAUAAGAAUUUAUUGGAACAUAAUUGUACCAUAGUCGGUCAUAACAGUGAAGCAGACGCUCAACGUGAGCCUAUCUUUAGCCUAGGUAAUCGCGUUUUGCUGGCUGAUGACGCAGUGGAGCCCAUCAGCAGCAAACCAAUGGACGCAGGCUACCACCUUUUCUACAUUAACAUUCCCCAAGAUCCACAUCUACUGUUUCUGACGACCCAGUUCCAAUCUGUGAAAUUGUAUGAUCCCAAAAAUGCAGAUAUCAGUCAAGGUCCCUUUCCCUCUUUGAUGAAACGUUACAAGUACAUGCAUAUUGCCAGAACCGCAGGAUGUAUUGGUAUUUUAGUCAACACACUGUCAUUGAGAAACACUAAAGAAACUAUCAAUGCCCUCAUUGAGCUCAUUAGAAGUAAUGACAAAAAGCAUUAUUUAUUCGUGGUUGGUAAACCCAAUGUAGCCAAAUUGGCUAAUUUUGAGCCAGUCGACAUCUGGUGCGUCUUGGGCUGUGGUCAGGGUGGUAUUAUCCUGGAUCAGUACAAUGAAUUUUACAAACCUAUAAUUACACCAUAUGAGUUAACAUUGGCGCUCAACGAAGAAGUAACAUGGACAGGUAACUGGGUCGUCGAUUUUAAGCAAGUGCUGAACGACAUUGGAAAGCAGAUUGAGCAAUCAGAUACCAAUGCUGACAGUAAUGGUGGUGUUGAUUCUGAUGAAGAUAAACCAGAAUUCGACUUAGUGACCGGUAAAUCCGUCUCUACUUCAAGGCCGCUACGACAACUUCGUCAUUUGGAAUUAGAAGCUGCGGAUGGCUCCUCCAAUAACGAUAGCUCUACAUCUUCAUCACAGGGACUGACCCAAAGAUCGACGAAUGGUGGGGUCAUUAUCAAGGGAACUGUUUCUACAUCUGCCGGCUAUUUGCAGAACCGAGCAUGGUCGGGAUUGGGUAGCGACUUCCAAGGACAAGAAGAUUUUGAUGAGGAUGGUGCGACAGUAGAAGAAGGUCGCUCAGGCAUUGCAUCUAAAUACGAAUCUGACCUUCAGAAGGCCAAGCGUAGUUAA